UCGACAGACAUCGCGACACGUGAAAUCCAACACGUGAAUCCCCCAAAUUCCCAUUUCUCUUCAACUCUGUCAAACCUGGAGAGAGAAAAUAGAAAAUGCCAGAGGUGAUCAGCCUCCUCUCCUCUACCCCCCCUCCUCCUGCAGAAACACGCGAGCAGCCAUCCAUCAGAAGAUACCAUUCUAGUCCACCGGGUCCUACCGACCUCAACUCGAUAUCGUUUUUCUCUAGCGACAUCGACAUCCAGUUACGCGCCUACGACAAUGAUUUGGCUGAGAACCCACCCAAGAGGAAGCGCUUGAGCCAUGAACCGGAUUUUCCGAAUAAUAAUCCCGCGCUAUCGCCGCGGAACUCUCUCUUUCUAUUCUCGGAUGACAUUGACGUUGGUCGCUCUGCUCGCAAACCAGUAACUUCGAAAAGACAGGGCUGGGAACUAGAAUCUGACCCGAUUGUAUUCAAUUCUUCGGCUCCAGAGCGGAAUCUGAGUCCACGGAGGAAACAUCAACAACCGGUUACCGCCAUCGCCAUUGACGACGUUGACGAUAUCGAUGAUCUCGUUGGUGAUGCCGAGGAAGGGCGCAGGAGUGGAAGACGUAGCUGGAGAGAUGAAACAGAGGAUUUUAGUGACCCCAUGAAUCCGAACGGACUGUUCGCCUUCCCUGACGAAGUAGUGGAAACACAAUGCACCGCAAACGGUCUUUCAAGCCGAACGGCGAACUUACUAGCUAGUCUCGGGGAACGGUCCAAAUCUGAUAUGGCUAGCGAGACACAUACGAAACUGAAGCCUCGGAGACAUAGAACAUCUGAACCUGUACGGGAUGACGACGACCCAGACGAGAUUCCUGAGCCUAGAAAAGCACCCGGCGCCCGGAAGAAGACAACUACGAUCACAUCCAAACGUGGCAGCGUAGACAAAGAAACUAAAACUAGAGAACGCGAAGAAGCAAAGGCCCAGCGAGAUCGCGAGCGACAGUUGGACAAAGAGCGAAAACAGAAGCUGAAGGAGGAAAAAGCGAAGGAGAAGCAGCUGGCUGCUGAUAUUGCGGAGGUGAACAAGCUCAAAGUCGAUAAGAAGGGCUCCACGCCAGAAAUGAUCAUUGACCUUGCCUCGAGUUUCGAGGAGACCAGUGUGGGCAACCAAACUGUAGAGUAUAUGCGAAGACUCGGGGUAGAUCAUUCCUUCUUCACAAGCCCUCUUCCAAACAUUGUCAAAUGGCGCAGGAAAAUGACGGCCAAGUACAACGAUACCCUCGGAUACUGGGAGCCAUGUCCCCCCUUCAUCCGCAAGGAAGAGCAUGUCCUCUGUCUUUUGACGGCCCAGGAGUUUGUUGAUAUGGUCAUUGCCCCUGUGGACUGUUCCUCGGAUUCUCCCAGCGAACUAGAGCUGCAUGUUCUUCGCGUGAAAAGCGCUUACCCGGACUGUACCUUGAUCUACCUCAUUGAAGGCCUCACACUCUGGAUGCGCAAGAACACGAACUCGCGAAACCGAGCCUACCAAGCUGAAUUCCGCCGCCAACUAGACGAAGUUCAGGCUACAUCAUCUACGUCUACGUCUACUUCCACCGCCACUACCACCGCUGCAUCUACUUCAUCCCGCCGCAAGAGAACCACGGCAAACAAACCAGAAACCACUCCCCCAGUGGAUGACGACACGAUCGAGGACGCUCUCCUCCAACUGCAAGUGACCCAUGUCUGUCUCAUCCACCAUACAAGCUCCCCGCCAGACUCCGCAGAAUGGAUCAAAACCUUCACCGAACACAUCUCCACCGUACCCUACCGCCGCGAACGUAUAAACGGGAACGACUCCGCCUUCUGCAUGGACGGCGGACAGGUCAAACCAGGCGAAAACAAAUCCGACACGUUUGUCAAGAUGCUGCAAGAAGUCAAUCGCGUCACCGCAUCUAUGGCUUACGGUGUAACCAACCAAUACCCGAAUGUAGUAGAGUUAGUGGGUGCCAUGAGGAGACAGGGACCGGGCCUGCUGGAGGAUGUAAAGAAAUCGGCAAAUAGGAACGGUGCCAUUACCGAUUCGAGAAUCGGACCGGCGGCAAGCAAACGGUUGUAUAAAGUUUUUAUGGGAUUGGACCCGGCCUCUACGGAUGUUUGAUUCUCUAUCAUUUGGUAACGAGAUGCAUGUCAUGUCAUGUCAUACCUGGGUAUUGGUGGUAUACUUGAUACCUUUAUUGGCGCUUUAGACUGUACCCUAAGUUACUGCUUGGGGCUUUGGCGCUUGGUAAGCUGGUAGGUAGGACCUUAUUGGGCAAUGCAGGCUUGCUUUUUUUUUUUUUUUUUUUUUUUUU